AUGGACAAGUACGGAGUGGAUCCAGUAAGUAUGAUGUUGACUUUGAUGCGUUCGGUAACUUCGUUGACUUUACUAUUUUGUCUCUUGCCAAGAUCGUAAUGAGUACCACUAAUUUAGGUUGGUCCAGAAGCCACUUAACAAGAGUAAUCGACAAAGUCGUUUUGGAUGUGCAGAGUUGGGAUGCUUUGAAAUUUCGCACGGCAAGUGCUUGUGCAGUCAGUCAUUUAUCUCCCCAUGAUUCAAGUCCUUUAUCGAACGUUCUCCAGCUUACUGGUGAUAAGAUAAUAAUAAUCCAUGUUGACCCAACUGUGAAAAACUGGGCGCCUCGGUGGGAUUCGAACCCACGCAGUAAGGGGAAGGCUUUAGUACAGCCAACGCCCUAACCACUUGAGCUACGAGGCUCCGCCGGACGACGCGAGUUUAAUCACAUUUGGGUCAAGUUACCCGCCCAACCUACUGCAACGUUUGGAAUCCACCAAAUCUGAUACAGUCAGUUGACUGCCCAGGCAGGAUUUCCUAAGUAAUUCACCUAGAAUCCACCAGAUGACUGCCAGGCUUACGUAAUUCAUAGAUGUUUUGUGUGGGUUCGAAUCCCACCGAGGCGCCGAGUUUUUCACAGUUAGGUCCAUAUGAAUUAUUCAAAAUCUGCCAAAACAUCUGCGAAUAAUAAUCCUAAUAAUGAUUGUGGAUUGUCCGUCACAAGCCACAGUGGACAUCGGUGUCCUGGAGAAGAUUCCAUGGUGGUGAAUUUGUUUAUAGUAAAGCGAACAUGUGGAGCUCUGUUCUCUCAACAACCAUGUUCAACUACGAGACAGAGUCAGGACAACUGGAGAAGAGCGUGAGCGCAGUGAAGUCAUGUUCACACGAGCCCCACACACGUGCUGAUCCCUGCGUCUAAGCGAACCAGUCUUUGAUGUGAGGUAGUCGCCAGGUUUGCAUAAACAAGUAUCAUAAAGACCACAUUAAGGAGGAAACGCUGCAGCGUAAGACUGAGUCUGAUCUUUGGCUCACAGCCUUCCAGGCCAUGACUGUUAGCAUAUCAGCACAGUUUACAAGUGCAUUCGAUUGUUCAUGGUAGGGAAAAUAGGCGCACAACGGAAUUUUAGACAAAGUGGUCCCCUUUUCCCUCUCUCAAGUCUCUGGCAAGUCUGAGAGAGGUCGACCGGGGACGAAAUUGUCUACAGUGGUCGAUGUUGCCAGAAGCCCCCGUCCAACACAUCCCACAGGCAAACACCAAAGAAAUUUGUCUCCUGUAUAUAACCUUCGAGCACAUCUCCGACUGUUGAAACGACUUGUACCCACGAACACUAUAAAUAGUGAAUUUGAGAAAAUGCUACAGUUUAAUUCCACCAUUAAAAAACCCUCAAUCCAAUAACACGUUCGCCGAGACAGGCCCCUCAGUAGAACAGUUUGGUGUUCUUGUUUUUUAUGGUAAUGGCGCAUCACUGGAGGUGACUGGGCAGGUCUCUGUACACCAACCCCAUAUCGAUAAAUCGAUUGACUGAGUUCUCAUCCGAGACCCAGGCUUCAGUCUAUUCUCGGCCUGUUUUGUUUCUGGCGUGGGCGAUUGUCUCGGUGGCUACGAAGUUAAACUCAUUUUGCAUGUGUAGGCAGCCACUUGUGAUAAUUCGUCGUCUCGUCGCACAGCGAACUUAUGUUCGUGUAUGCGCGAUUCUAGCAUGCGUUCAGUCUGGCCUGUGUAGCCACAAGGACAGUUUUGGCACGGGAUGCGGUGCGGUACCACAGAUUGCAUCUGGGGAUUUAAUCGUCCUUUAAUUUUCAUGACCUUGGUGCAAUUCAAACACCUACUUCCGCAGCAAUGCGCUCACUCGCUUCAGAAACGCCCUUAAUAUAUGAUAGAGAAUGCCAUAUCCUUGGUGUUGUUUGGGCUCUCUGGGGCAACCGCGUAGACAGCGACUUGUAAAUGCCUUGGGAUAGCCAUUCUGCAUAAACUGGUCGCUGAGACAACGGGCCUCACGCGCUCUUUCCUCCGGUUUGCUGCAAGGGGUCUGGAUCCGUUUGAAGAGCGUUUUUAGCCAGCCUCGUUUGUAAGCCACCGGAUGGUUGCUGUGACAACUGAGGAGCUGUGUGGCGUUCAUUGUCUUCCUACAAACCGUCGUUUCAACUUUACCGUCAAGAUUUCGUCUGAUGAGCACAUCAAGGAAGGACAACUACUUCUCCGGUCCUUCCCUCGCAAAUUGUAUAUCAGGGAAGCCUGCGUUGAGCAGGUUGUGGAAAUGUUGUAGCAUGUUUUUCUUUGCGAUAACAAACAUGUCUACGUAACGGCGCCAAACCACUGUUGAUUUUGCUCUGGCAAUGGACUCCUGCAGGAGUUCGAAAGAUGAGAACACCAAAUAGACUGUUCUCGUGCGCGAGCAGUCUUCUUCAGGACAAACCGCCUGAAGCCGGUAUCUUUAACAGCGUAUUUCAGACCGGUCACCAACUUUUCGUUCCUGGUGUUCCUGUCCGGGGACCACAAGAAGCAGUUGUAGCGUUGACAGGAUGAAGCACAGGCCAUAUUCUUAGACAGCCGCAAAUAAACACCGCGAUAUCGUUUGCUUGAUAAACGUCUAUUACGCAUUUACAGGGCCAGAUCGAACUUCAUCUAAAAUAAUCAGAGUUAUUUCUAGAACCGGUUCACCUAAUAACACACUUGAGGCGAAAACUUAUCCCUCAUUUACAUCUCACUAUAUCUAUAAGAGGUGUGACAACUGACUGUAGGUGUGUGACACCUUUCCCUAAGGUUUCCUUACUUCUGGGUCAUCUCCGUCGCGGAGAAAGUGACAGUUUUAAUAGGCCAAUUCCCCUAUACAAUUUUCCGCGCUCUAUCUUGUUUAUAUCUCACCUUCUCCUGCCACAGCCCCUUUAUUGUCCCUUUUCUCUUUACAGAGUCGCACCAUAGAGGGCCUUGCCGCGCAUGGCGUUGUUGUUGAGCGUCUCGGCGGCGACGUGCAGGCCGUUGAGAUCUCAGCGCUAAAACGCACCAAUCUGGUUGCCCUCCUGGAGGCCAUUGUUGCCCAAUCCGAGGUCAUGCAGAUCUGCGCUGACCCAUCCGGACCUGCGGAGGCUCUUGUGCUCGAAUGUCAUACCGAACACGGCUUGGGGUAUGUCUUCCCUUCCUUCUGUUCCACUCACGUAUCCAUUUCAAUAUGUGCAUACGUUUACUUAAUCUAGUAGCCAACAUUCGCAGCGGUUGUCUCCUUAGCAGAGUUUACAUUUUUUCAUAAUCUACAAAGUCACAUGGGAGGGACGUUCACAGACUUCCCUCGGUUGCCUUGAAUAUUCGGGUCUAGUGCCUACGUCGACGGUCGCACAGUCAGGAGCAGUCCAUAACCGAUGUUUUGUCGACUAAGACAGGGGAUGGAAAUGGCCAUUUUAGGCCUAUUUGCUGACGCCGCCCAGUGAUGUGAAUUCCAGUGUUCUUUGUCUUUAUCGAUGAGACUUCAUAAUCGUAAUCUUCCGUCGACAUGUUAAAACUUAACUCCGAAAGCGUCAUGCCCAUCUUUGCUCCCAAAAGUAUCGCUGAAUAGGUUUGCGAGGAUCUAUUAAACACUCGCUUUUUAUUUUGAGUUUAUAGACCUUUUACAUAGUUUCCUUGAGGAUGAUUGCAUUGACGGAAGAAUUUUAGGCCAUGCUGAUGAUCGGACCUUGCCAUGUGCUUGUUACGUUUCUUGGCGUUCUAGUCGACGCUGUUUUGGUCAUCCUAUCAAAUACUGAGUUCAUCACAAAACGGGUUAGGUAGGUGCACGCUCAGUGAACCAGACGUUGUGGGGACAGUAGCGCGUUUUAGAUGCCGUUAGUAAUACCUUUCUUGCGUCGUGACGUCCUUCACUUCCACUUACGUGUGCACUCCUAUAUGUGCUUACGUUUAUCUCUUUCAGUGGCCUCCAUUUGCAGUGGUUGUCUCAUCGUGCUUUAAAUGUCGUCCAUGUACGACUUUAACGCCGUGCUGUGUUGCCAAACUUCCCUUAAAAGCCAGCAGUGAAUGGCCCAGUGCUGGAUAUAGUCCAGUCGCUUAUCUGUUUGGGAAAUGUCAAGACGUACGCUGUAAUGAGGCCAUUUGUUAUUUACUGGAAUUACACGCAUGUUUGCGCCGCUGACCGCGGAACAAUGCUGUCAGACAUUACACAUUACUAACUACCUAGGAGGCCUUGGUUACUUCAAUCAGGAUGUUAAGUCAUUCCAGUCUUGAUUUAAGGGGUACUUGUGUUGUAUUCGUGUCAUUGCCCGACAGACGCCGUUACUUAUCCACUUGAAGAUGAUUUGAACGGAUGGGUUUCCAGAACUGUUGCCAACCUUAAGGCGUGUUACGGAAAUGUAUACCAGGCAUCUUACAGAAUGAAGCCUCUAGCAUACGCUUCAUCAGUCUACAUCAGGACUGGGACGUAUAAAAAGCGUGUAUUUGCAACUGCCAAUGAUUCCGGCUAGUCGCCCUUUCCUAUUUUGCUGUUCAAAACGCGGACUUCCAGGGCUGACUGUUUCAUUUCUCUUGUUUCCACAGGAAAGUAGCCACUUGUCUGGUUUCUCGAGGAAAACUUCGCCGCGCGCCCGAAAGCGGCCCUCUGGUAGCCGGCGAAAGCAUCGCUCGGCCCCGUGUCAUUCGUAAUGAUCGGGGUGCCCAGGUGGAAUCAGUCUCGCCGGGCUAUGUGGCCACUGUCGCAGGCUGGAAGACAUUGCCUCACGUCGGUGACAUUUUGCUCGAACUGCGCUCCGAGGUAAACAUGCAUGUCGCGUUAUCACUGAUGGCCAUUGCUGUUGUCCCCUACACAGGCAAAUCUGACUUUGGUGCUGCACUCGGCUGCUUUAUCUGAGUUGCAAUGGGCCAAGGAUCACCCUCAGUACUACACUAGAGGUGAUCCCACAUAAAUCCAAAUCGGCCGGGCUCAAUGGCGACUGACUGUUGAGAAUCAGUGAUAAAGGACGUUUUUUUGCCUAUUUGCAAUGGAAAGUAUCUUUACUGACCCAAAGGCAUUCUAAUAUGUCCCACCUGUCAUGCCGUAUCUUGCAUGCUAUUCAGGCGGAGGCGGGCGCAGUUGUCCGGAGUCGCUGUCAACAGAGGCUCCAGAAGAAGUCGGAACUCGACAAAAAAGCUUAUGAUGAAAAAAUGGCCAGCCAUCGACUCCAAUACGAGACCUACCUGAAAAAACGUCUGACCAUGGGUCCGUCAAGUGCGCGGCAAUUUGCUUCCGCAUUUCGGGUGCGUUUAUUGCUGUCCUUAUCCUCCAUAUAAUUUAUGUGCUACCUACCUUUUGCUCACGUCUGCAGUUAGUGGCGGUGAUCUGGCGUUCGUAACAGAACGCAUCCCCAUCAUAAUUCUCUUCCCCCUCCCUCCCUCCCUCCUUAUGCUAAUUCCGUGUCUUCUGCCCUCGCUACGGACAGGCUAAGAAGCCCACUUCAUUGGUCGCUUUAUUGUGCCGCUUUAUGGUGGGAUUGUUGCUGUUGGUAGACAGGAUACCAUCAUUGCUCUAAACAAUGUUUCAGUUUACGUUUAUAUUGUUCAUGUAUGGGAACUUGCUCCUUUUAGCAGCAUUAGGUCUUGGCGGAGCAGAAGCCAUAGCUCCCCGGUCGUGCAAAAACUCGGUUGAAACCUUGCCUAUCAGACAAGGGCUGCAUGAGUCGGCCUAGUGGCGCACCAGUUUAAUGUUUUUCAGUCGCGCCGGCUGGCGGCAGACGAAACCUGGCAACUCAUUAGCUGAUAUAAGCACCUUCAGGAUGUUAUUACCGAUAAGGAUAAGGGAGACUGGAAUGGAUAUUUCUGACUUAUUAGCCGUCGUCAGCCAGUCAUAACCAAACCUAAAGUGCGGAACACCUGGGGCUUGAUCUCACGACCUGCUAGUUAGAAAUCCACCGCCUCAAACCACGGGCUCGUUGUCCUGUCGGUUUCGAUCGGGAAUGUACAAUGAGCUCGAGAGAGAGCCAGUAAGGCACAACGGGACGAGUAAGUCCAUAGGAACGAUCGGUGAGCGCACGUCUACCACAAGUACUUUCUCUAUUUCACCUUUUGGACUUACUCUGGAUCCCAUGAUCAUAGAAAACAGCAGAUAUGAGGUUGUGGACGCACAAAGAUGCUGUUUUUUCAGAACACGGUUGCUACGCGGUCACGGUUACUUAAAUUAGCAGUCCGCAUGUUCUUCGCUGGUGUUUGUAUUUGUUGCAAUAAUGGUUUAAUUGCCUGCAUCCAACCCGCUAGCUGCCACAAUUUAAUUGCGGUGCUGGCGAUUGAGGUUGUAAUUACUUGGCCAUUUAUCUCACUAGCAUUGCCACAAUAGGCAUCGUAUAUUCACGCGCCCCUCCUCACUGUUUACUGUGUCCAGGCAAAAUCAACACUACAUGGGUAAAGGGAGGUCCUUCUGCUUGCCAAUUGAUUUCAGGUCGGAGGACCAUCACCCGAGCAGCUAAAGACGCACGCGUUCGUCACUUCUCACGAGACUAUUGGUAUAGUCAAAACUGAAUGUUGAACAGGCCGUGAAUUGAGAGCUGGUGUCAUUGCGCCUCCUUGUCGACACGCAUUCGUCCAUCCGUGUCCAGAGUAAGCUUCCUGUUCCUGUGACGUAGUUGCUUUGCCCGCUACUGUAUCAGAUUCAGUAAAUCCCCUUGUAACGGGUAACGGGUCUUUUGACAUCAUCACUUGAUGCACGUCGUUUGCCUCGAGCCUGUGUGCAACCCAAACUCUGAGUGGUGUGAGGUGACCGUUGGCGACUUGAGACAUUCUCUUCGUACCGGAGCGCUCAGCACAAUUUUAGUAUGGCGUGGUUUGGUCUGUCGCCUCGUCUUUUGCACGCACCGAUUGACGAAGCUGCGAAAGUAACCACUUGCCCCUUCCAGGUAUUAUAAUUUGGCAACCUCGUCUUCCGCCUCACUACAGCGUGUCGUAACGCGCCGAUAGAUUGUGCUUACUAAUCUGCGCUUGUGGAUGAUUUGGUAGUUGCUGGUAAAGCACAGUACUUUCAUCACAUGGGUCGCUUUACUGAGCGAAUUGGUUUUCGGGUUGCUACAGACAGCGGUAUCAAGGAAAGUUAUCUGAUUGUUUUCUUCCCCUCCCCCCGUCAUCCUCCUCCAUCGUACAUCCGUAAGGACGACGUUACGAUGUUCCCUGAACGUCAACGUGCGAUUCCGUUUGAUGAUUACGGAGAUAUACACCGCACACUGAGUGCAUAAUUUUGGUCUGUGAUGUUGGAAGUCUAGUGUCUCCAAUCGUUGCAAGACCGAUUCGAUCUUGUGUUCCUUUCAUCCGUUCGCAAAUCGUUCCUUCAAACGCAGAAAAGCGUUCUGAGGUAGAACCUCGGAAGUUGGAGGAAAUGGGCGCGUCCAAGGGGAUUCUUCGUUUCAUAGUGCUUACUCCUCAGCAUUGAUUAGGCCGUUUCGACCGACAGGUCUUGGAGUCUCCUCAACUCCCAGCCUUAUUAACUGGCCGUCGUAGUUUCACUAUGGCUUGUGACCUUUCUAAGUAGCCGCUUAGUCAGAUCGAGACCAACUCACGCCUACGGGUGGGAUAUUUCAGAGCGUGUUUAUUGGGUGGAGCGAAGGUAAUGACACCAAUAAUCGCAGACAGUGCUUACUUAAACCUGGUUUAAUUUCUUACCUACAGAAGGCCAGAGCCGACUCCUCCCUCCCUGACGACAAUAGAGAUGCCAGGGUCUACUUGCCACUGAUCAUAAAGACUGACGUGGAAGGCAGUCUGGAGGCCAUCACGGACAUGUUGGAUACGUGCCCCGCUGAUCAAUGUCGUCUGCAAGUGGCUGUCUCCGGCGUUGGACCCUUGACUCCUGCCGAGGCAGAAUUGGCAGUGACAUUGAAAGGUACCCCUUUUACUAUCUGCUAUUCUUACCUACUUUCCUCUGCAUGUGGCCUAUUUUGCACUUUUUUCUUUUCCGCGAACGAUUUGUACUUAGCGUCCUCUGUCAACCUACGAAAUUCCGCGCUCUUAUGUCAGCUCCUUUUGAUUUUAUUCGUUUGCGCCUGUUCUUGAUGGAUGUCCGAAAAAUUUCUGGCCUUCAAGGUCCCAACUCGCUGAGUGUCGGACUUGGUGCCCUCAGACUCGAAGAUGACCUGUCUGUGACUACUACUACUACUACUACUACUACUACUACUACUACUACUACUACUACUACUACUACUACUACUACUACUACUACUACUACUACUACUACUACUACUACUACUACUACUACUACUACUACUACUACUACUACUACUACUACUACUACUACUACUACUGCUGCUGCUGCUGCUGCUGCUGCUGCUGCUGCUGCUGCUGCUACUACUACUACUACUACUACUACUACUACUACUACUACUACUACUACUACCGCCACCACUACUACUACUACUACUACCACUACUACUGCUACUACUACUACUACUACUACCGCCACCACUACUACUACUACUACUGCUACUACUACUGCUACCGCUGCCACAACCACCACUAACAAUGUUUGUAGUUCGUUUUUACAGCGUCGAUGUCGCAGUUAAUACGUAAAAUCCGUUUGGCUGUGUAUCUGGUGGUUGCUAAUUUGAUAAUCGUCCUAAAGGCCGAAGCCAUCAUGUCGGGGUUGUUGCACCGCUCCCAAAAAUAUUUGCCAAUAAUACUAGCGGCGCUGCCUUAGCUUGACCCCGGUGCUUAAGACGGAAAAUUGCUAAUCUGUGCGGUCAUUUACUUGGUAAGGACAUGCGUGGCUGAAAUAGCCUUUCCCUCCGAGGUAUUCACUCAGCUUUUCAGUGGGGACACAAAAAUUGCGCGAUAACCCACUUCACUACUCUUUCAUUAUGCCUUACUUGUCCUUUCAGCGACCAUAUUUACCUUCAAUGUGGACGUCCUUCCGGAGGCUGCAAGGAUUUUAGACCAAAAUUCACUUUUAGUGCACAGCCACAACAUCAUUUACCGCCUGGCUGAAGAUGUCCGCUCUUUGGUGUGUGAGAGAUUGCCGCCGAUGUACGCUGAGGAGGUGAUUGGUAAGUUGUUUUUAGUUGUGCAACAGCGUUUUUCCACGUUGUUAGACCUGGCUUACAGAUGGAUUUAUUUUCAAUCUACCGUAAUCUUCUUCCGGUCUCAUCAGGUGCAUAUUUUCGAACUGCUGAUGUCCGAGACGCACGCUCUCCAGCCGCAUCAGUUCCCCUUGGUGUUUGUUUAUUGAUACCUGCUUUUGGGCUGGUGAUGCCUCCACAAGCGUUUCCUUCAUUCGAGCUGUUGAUUUAUCUCAUUACUAAGUACGUCCAGAGAAAAGCUCUUUCGCCUCAGGAAAAAUGCGCAGGACCAUAUUGGGGCGAGUGUAAACAAUGGCAAGCCUUGGUGCGCGAAAACGUAAGCACUGCCUGGGCAGCCAUGGACAUAGAAGUGAUGGGUUCUAUUCAAAAAUUGCAAUCAAAGUCGACCGACGCGUCUGUGGCGGUCAAGGAUGUGAGAUCAACUUAAACCACGCACAAUAAGUUCGUUUCGUCUAAUGUCAGAAGUCAGGGAGCUGGGAGGACUAGUUUAUUCUGUACACAGGGCAGGUUGCCGUAAGUUGACUGUUUGCUUGCAACAGAGAUAACCGUCCGUUCACGGAGAGCGUCAGUCGCGGUGUGUAGUUUACGCGGGAGUGAAAGUCUGUGUCAAUAGGUGCGGGUGACUGGUUGAAUGCAGGUCAUGAGAUUGGACGGAUUAGGGGAAGAUUAGGGAGAAGCAUAAUUACAGGGGCUCCAGGGUAUCAAGCCAGGCCGUCCGACGCGCAUGAGGUGAUAAUAGUUUGUGGGGGCAACCGGGGGUCACUACAGCCGGACAGUAGGGGGGGGGGCAGUUAUAAUCGGCGGGGGUGGUUGUGUGUCAGCGGCCUGGCAACGAUUGUCGCGGCCAUCGACCGACAAAACGGAGCCGGAGAAAAGGGGGACUGGAGCGGCUGCUACACGUCUUAUUGGGAAUUUUAAGCAGGCGGUCGGAGUGCAACAUGUUUGUAACGAAUUCCCACAAGUAUCCAUUCCCCUGCUGCGUUAUUCCGGGCUUAUGAAGACACCCCUCUGUCGAAUUUAUCACAGAGAAUUGAGCAUUCCCUAGUACAUGGGGUUAGGUACCCUGUACUACAGGUGGUCUUAUGCUACGACCCAGUGGAGGGGGGAGGCAUCUGUUUCAGGUUCCCACCCCCACCCCCCCCCCUCCUGGAAUUUAGCGCAUGACCACCGGGGGACACCUGUUGCCAUGUCCCACUGGGAAUUCGAAACGGGCUUCACUGAUCUCCUAAUUAUGGGUGCUUCUGAACUUUGUUUUUAACAUAUCCAACUUCCGCGCCUUAACCCUAAACAUCAACUGACAACGGAGACCAGGCACAGAAUCACCUUGAGACGCUUACACGAACCCACAAACCGUGAUGUCCGAUGUAUCUCUUACGCGAGAGAGAUACAGAGCCAAUCGAGACCCAGAUUUUCUCUGAACUGAGGGUCUCUGAAAUGACACGCCGGUGAAGAUGGCCUGUGUGCAUAAUGUGCGAGGAUUAACGAGAGCGUCCCGAGGGGCGUGGGUAUGAAGGAUGUAGAGAGACCUAAGCAUCUAAGGGGACGGCGCAUUCUAACGUUCCGCAAUGAAUAACAUAGAACAACGAUUUGUGGGGUCAAAAAGUCACUGAGGCAGAGGGUGGAAGCCGAGGAUAUAUUGAUCAAAAUCGAGUGAUCCCUUCUUUUCUACUCUUUUCACCUUUUAGGCGAGGCUGUUGUUUUGCAGACCUUCGAGGUCACUAUUAACCGCGGACAACGCCAGGAAGUUACUGUCGCGGGUUGUCGAUGCACCAAAGGCAAAAUUCUCUGCGGCCGCUCAUCUGGCCACGGUAGGCAUUGAAAUUGUCAGAAAAUAUUUUUUAAUGCUGAAUGUAUAUGUACGUUACUGACAGGACCAGGGAAAAGUGUAGUGACACUUUUAGCUUAUCUACCAACCCCAAGUAGCUGUAUACUCAUUUAACGUCUUGGAGACUGGGUGUCCGAUUUCCUAAACGGAAUUAUAUCACAGGAAUUCGCGGAAUCAGAAGUACCGCUACGAUUAGUGCACAUGUUUACAAUGGCUGUCGUUGAUGCAUGGACUCACGACUCAUCGGAUGUCAAGUUUUUUUUGAGACGAGGGGAUCAGUAGCGUGUUUAGGAAGCUUUCUAUUCCGCUAGUAAGGUGCGCUGUACCGACUCAUGAGAUUUUGUCUUCGACCAGAAAAGGUUGCUUAAGUAGGACUAACUAUCGCGCAGUAUAAUCGCAAGUUAUUUCAGUCACAUGACGACGCCGCUUUUUGAACAAGCUUCCUUCCGAUCUCCUAAAAAACCAUACUCUGUAAAAAAUGACAACUCAAGUAGUAUGAAUUAUUCCCAUUAAUCUUCGGUGCCCUUACAAAUCCAAAUAUAUACAGUAGGAAGUACGCGCAAAAAUGUCAUUUCGUGUGCUUACUUGAUGGAACAUCACGUCCUCCUAGAAUUUUAUACUUGAAGAAAGAGUAUCUUUCGGUUUUAAAAACCUUCUCAAUCGCCAACAACAUUUGAACCUGACCUGCUGCAACACUCGUAUGCAGGCUUCUGAAACCACAAGCUGCAUAUCUUCCCUGUAAGUAACAUCAUUGUCAUGUAGGGCUCCUGAAAUUUUGCAGUGAAUAUGGAUUAUGUUGUAUACUUUACAGCCACCGUUAAUAAAUGGACAGAUACGAUGCUUUAUGGGUAGGCACUUCACCGUCUUAAAAAAUUUCAUAAUUAAAGACUUUCUUAACAGUAAAGAGUGCCCUUUCUUUAAGCGUAACAUUUGAAGUAGACGUAGGUUACGAUGGGGUGUAGGACUCACAAGUAGGUGGCAACUACAGAGGUAUACCCUACAAUUUAAUGUGGCUGUAAACAUCCAUUAUUAUUCACCGUUCCCGUUGUUUGGAAUUUCCUUCCCUUCCUGGCUAGAUGUAAACUUAUUAGCAGCGCUUUAUUAAAAGUACGUUAUUUUUGAAGAUCGCAUUUUGUUUAUUUGUUUAAUUAUCGCGCUCACCUUCUUUGCCAAACGACAACGUACGACAGGACUUUCGGCAGGAGCCUAUCUAUUUUCUCUGUCUUCUUGCUCUCCGUCCUGUGUGUUUCUCCACCCGUAAAAUCCCCUCUACCACCAUUCAACCUAUGACAAGGUCCACAGGCUAGCUCACGUUAGUACCCUAUCGUUUCCAAGAAGUGAUUUCCUCCCAAAUAAGCACAAGAAAGGAUGUUUUUGCGCAUGUUUCCUGUAGGACAUAUAUUUAUUUAUAAGGGCAUCGAAAAUCUAUGGGAAAAUUGCUUACUGUUUAAGUGGUCACUGUUUAAAGAGUGUAGUUUUUGCAGGCGGCCGGAAAGGUCGUUCAAAAACCAGCAACCUGACGCGACCGAAGUAUUUUGCGAUUAUGCUGUGCGAUAGUGAGUCUUACUACCCUAUUUAAGUAAUCAUUUCUAAUCGAAGACAAUAUUUCAGGACUUUGGUUAACAUUUUGUGGGAUAGUACAUGUACUGGAGGUAAAUCGAGGCAGUAAUUUCGGCUUCCCAAUUUUUGCCAAAAGGCCUUUCAUUUCUGUUUGCCUGUCGCUCAGGAGACGCCUGGACACGGGCAUAUGAUCGUGAACUGUGUGAACAUGUCCUGUCCACCAACUAACCGGGGCCGGCGAAUUCUACCGUCAGCGUGUACGGGCCGCAUGUUAGAUCUCCUGUGCACUUCCUCCCCCCUCCUCUCCCCUCCCCUCUCCCUUACUUGUUACGGGCAUUCAAUCAUUCUCUUAGACAGCAAGAAAGAGUGAGAACUUCGUCAAGGAGUUUCAGAGCAUGGCCAGAAUUAUUAACCUGCCUAGCGUCUGGUGCCGGAUUUCACUAGACAAAGCCGUAACACGGUUUAAAAAUGAGGUGCCACAUGUUCUUCUCUUUCAUCCUCCAGCGGUUUAUGGACGACGACAAAAAAGGCAAACAGAACCAUCACGGUCUUUGUCAUGAAUGCAUGGCAAUUGUAGGUUCUUUGUUAUGCAACUGCCUGCCAGGUCUCUAAACCAGAUCUUCACGGCAAAACGGACUACUCAUAUGCCGUCUUUCAAUCAUAGUACGUCCGUGGACGCAAUUUCCACUCUCAGUGCUAAACUGGACUCCAGCUUCAACCUCGGGUCCUCCUGACCUAACCUUAUUCUGUCAGUAGUACUGGCCAGAAUGGGGGUAGUUUGGAAACGAUAUGAUUACUCGUGUUCAAAUAACCAGAAAAAACCAAAACGUUUCUCUUAGAUCGUUGUCUUCUUAUUCCACUCCCACAUGGUUUCCACCCAGACAUCAAAAUAACCAUCAAAAUCGCGUUUUCCGAACUUAAUAAGGUCGGCUUGUAAAUUUCGUAGAAGCAAUUUACGCACCCAAACUCGUUUUCCGCACAGAUGAUGGAGGGUCAGACAAAUAUGGCGCGUAUUCGAUGAAGUCGAAUAGCCCCAGAAAUGCAUCAUAAUUUUUCACUUCGUGUAGGCGCGUUAGCAUGAUGCAAGAACUAGUCACGCAAUCUUGUCACGUGGUGAAUCCUACCGAGGCAAAACUCAAUAUACCUGACAGGCGUUACGAUAUGCCUUUAGCUAGUUUUAUCGUGAUGACAGUUUAUUUUCGAUUAAAAAACUGCAGCUGUAGCUUUUCAUACCUAUUGUUUGCGCCUGAAUUUAGGGUUCAGCUCUCGCAUUUUUACCACUAUGCUCUGCGACUGGAGGGAGGGGUCUCUUUGCUGGUUGUUUGGGCGAAGUUUUUAAAAUUGUCCUCGGCAAAGUCGAGGCAGAAUUUUAUGGCGAAAUCAACGAGGUGCCGUUUUUAACAGCUGGGCUGGUGAACAACCAGGAAGCCGGUUUCUUGUUGGAACCAGGGCCUGUGUGUUGGAUUUUUCUAUGGUCGGGCGUUUAGGUACAGUAGGUGAUUCUUAGGCCACCCCAAUGACAGUCCUCGACAGCAGUCGCCUUUUGUCCAUCAAUGAUAGUUUUUGGGCUCUUCUAUCACGGAUCUGUCAUGACUUCGAAAUGCCCAGACCGAAUAUUCGAAAGUCGCCCGAACAACCUCUAUGGAGUUGGGUUGCCGGCAGUUUUUUUUUCCAGCUCUUUGAGGCAAUCAAGCCGUGGUCCAAGUUGUAUAAAAGAAUCCGACGCAGGCUGAUUAUCUCACAAACUGGUUCCUGGGUAAACGCGCGACAGAAGUAGUUAAGCCGGACCUGAAAAGGAUGUUGGGUCCGACUGUCCCCUGCAAUAAGGUCGGGAACGCCGACCGGACGAUAGUUGCCUCAUGUCUGUAAAUUUUAGAGGAUAGCUGUAUCGAAUCGCAUCGUUGCAAACUAGGGCCAGCCGAAAAAACUCGCAUAGUAUCUGAUGCAACCAUCUUUAAUAAGUAACCAAACCUUGUCCCGAAAGAGUUGUGACUGGAAGGAAAAAAUCAUAAGUCAUGGCCAACUUCACAUCUAGCCUGGUUGCCUUUCAUAUUUGAAUUGUUUUUAAGCAUUGGUCCCGAUAAUGAAAUGGCAUUAUGCAGACGGACUUAUUUAGGUGUAAUUGUCCCAACUAAAUAGCUUCUCGCCCUCUCCCAAACUAUUCCCUUCAACGGGCUUUACUACACUUUUUAUCUGAGUAUUUCCACUUUUUUAAACUGAGUAUUAUUUGUAAGAAACAGGUUUAGUUUAAAAAACGGACAGCAAAUCUCGAAAUACGCAUGUGAACCUCACCAAGGUCAUCAUAGCUUCUUUUUCGACCAAUUUGUCUACAGGACGCAUUUAUGUUACGCAUAUUCUUUUGUGCAGUCUUGUAAACUUUUUAUUUUAUUCUUUUCGCAUAGGUGCCUCCGGGCCUAUUCUCUUUCGCGUUCUCCGUCCAUCAGAGGAGAACUUUUCUCAAAAUCGGGACAAACGGAAGGAACAGGGAUCGUUACUUGAGGAGAAAGAUGGGGAGGAGGAAAAGAAGGAAGAGUCGGGGGAUGCCUACGAUAACUCGACCCUUCUGGUAGAUCAGGCCACUUGUUUCUCCUUACGUCACGGUCGCAAUGAUGUGGAUUCUGUGCGUCGAGAUGUGGAGCUGGGUAUCAUUCUUACGAAGUCUGCCCGUCAUCGCGACAACCUGAGCGACCUGUACGCCUCUCCACCGUCAUCCGCUGAUCAAGAAGCGCCGGUUUUUGAUAAUUGGCGGCCAGGUGAUAUCCUUCAGUGCUAUCAGAUCGUUGAAAAGGCCCAGACUAUUGACUGGCACAUUGAAGAUCCGCACAAAUCUGAUUUGACUCAUUAA